CCACGUUAAGGCCCGUUUCACAUGGACGCGUAUCGUACGCGCGCGUUUCAUACGUCGCGUUCAGAAUUACGUUAUUUAUAUUGACCGUUUCACAUGCACGCGUAUGAAACGCGACGCGUUUUUGGAAACGCGGGCGAAACGCAUCCCCGUACGCGGCGCGUAUCAAACGCGAGCGUACCGGUUAUUACAUGUAAUGACAGGUUUCAAAUAGACGCGUAUCAUACGCGCGCUGAUCAAAUAUUGAAAAAUGGUUUUCAUAUAACUUGUUUAUAGUCUCCAGCAGUGCAGUUCUUCUCUUUUUCUUUUUAGACUUUUAAGACUUUUAAGACUUUUUAGACCUUUUAAUACAGUAAAAAUAAAUUGAUAUUAUAUUCACUAUGAAUACAAUGGACACUGAACUGAUAAUUAUUGAGGUACAAAAUCACCCUAAUCUUUGGAACCACGCAGUCGAGGAAUACAAAGAUCGUGAUUUGAAAAUUAAAGCUUGGGAGGAGGUGACAAAAAAAAUAGUGUCAACAUAUGACACUAUGUCUAAAGCUGAUCAAAAAAAAGCGGUGGAAAAAGUUCAACAACGCUGGAAAAGUGCGAGAGACGCUAAAAUCAGAUCCAUUGCAUUAAAAAAAAAAUUAAAAUCUGGAUCUGGAAGAAAAAAUGUUAAAACCUACAUGUAUGACCAGCAACUACAAUUUUUGGAAUCUUUAACUCAACCCAAUAUGACGGAAUCUAACUUUAGCCCUAAUCAAAUUUCGGGAAAUUCAGACAACGAAGAAAUCAAUUAUGAAUCGAACAGCGAAGAUGACCCAUUGGAAGACAUUAAUAUUACUUCCAAUAGAGAUCCUUGGGCGAGGAAGAGAAAAAGUACGUCAACACAAAAAAAUCAAAAAAACAAUUUUGAAGAAGAUUUUCUCGCAGCGAUUAGAGAGACUUCGAUAGAAGAUGAGGACAGAUCUUUUUUUGAGUCUCUAUUGCCAACUGUUCGUCAAUUUAAUAAGGAUCAAAAACUUAUUUUUCGUUCACGUAUUCUAGCGUUAACAAUGGAAAUAAAAAAUGGUCCCGGCCAGACUCCAAAUUAUCCUCCUAUGUUUCAAAACUCUGUAAACCACAACGACCCUUUUUAUUUUUCACAUCAGCAGCAGUAUUCACAUUUUUUACCAAUAAACUCGCAAAUACAACAAUCUUCUACGUCUAUGCCCGAUACCUCCUGCAACCUAACUUACCCAUCAAAUUCUUAAUUAUUUUUUUAUAAUUCACAUAAUAUAAUGUCUAAACAAUUUAAAGAUUAUUUGUUUAUUUUUAUUGUUCAUUUUGGGUUUACUU